GAGAACUCAGGAGGCUCAACCCAGGGGUGAUGCACUCACAAUGGGCUUGGCCUUCCUCCAUCAGUCUCUGAGUAAGCUGCAUUUUAUGGAGGAAGUUUUUCAGUUGGGGUUCUCCCCUUUCAGAAAGUUCUAGCUUGUGCUGGGUUGACAUAGAACUAGCCAGGACACUUCCCAGCAUGACUGAGUGUACCCUUGACCUGCGAGCCCAAACAAACCUUUCUCCUUUGUUUUUCUCCCAGUAUUUAUCACACCAAGAGGAAUGCAACCAGGACAGGGAGCUAAGAAGAUCCACUUGGGUGAAGAUCUGAAGGGCAUUCUUUCAGAAGCUCCGGGAAAGUGCGUGCCUUAUGCUGUCAUUGAAGGAGCUGUGCGGUCCGUUAAAGAAACGCUCAACAGCCAGUUUGUGGAAAACUGUAAGGGGGUGAUCCAGCGGCUGACACUUCAGGAGCACAAGAUGGUGUGGAACCGAACAACCCACCUUUGGAAUGACUAUUCCAAGAUCAUCCACCAAAGGACUAACACUGUGCCCUUUGACCUUGUGCCCCACGAGGAUGGUGUGGCUGUGGCUGUGCGAGUGCUGAAGCCCCUGGACUCGGUGGAUCUGGGCCUGGAGACUGUGUACGAGAAGUUCCACCCCUCUGUGCAGUCCUUCACCGAUGCCAUCGGCCACUACAUCAGUGGAGAGCGGCCCAAAGGCAUCCAGGAAACAGAGGAGAUGCUGAAGGUGGGGGCCACCCUCACUGGGGUUGGCGAACUGGUUCUGGAUAACAACUCUGUCCGCCUGCAGCCCCCCAAGCAAGGCAUGCAAUACUAUUUGAGCAGCCAGGACUUCGACAGCCUACUGCACAGGCAGGAGUCCAGUGUCCGGCUCUGGAAAGUUCUGGUUCUGGUGUUUGGUUUUGCCACCUGUGCCACCCUCUUCUUCAUCUUGCGGAGACAGUACCUGCAGCGGCAGGAGCGCCUGCGCCAGCAGCAGCUCCAGGAGGAGUUCCGUGAACAUGAGGCCCACCUGCUGAGCCAAGCGACUCCCGAGGACAGAGAGAGUCUGAAGAGCGCCUGCGUUGUGUGUCUGAGCAGCUUCAAGUCCUGCGUCUUCCUGGAGUGCGGGCAUGUCUGUUCCUGCCGCCAGUGUUACCUCUCCUUGCCAGAGCCCAAGAGGUGCCCGAUCUGUCGUCGGGAGAUCAGCAGGGUGAUUCCCCUGUACAACAGCUAGGGCUGUAGCAGUCACACUGUGGGUGUCCCUCCUCUGGUCAGAGUUUAUCUUGAGGCCUUUGGUGGGGUGACUGACUAUACCUUAAGGUAUGAAGGAGGGGACAUGGGCAAGCCUCACAUCUCCAACAGCUGGGUGUUGCUUUUCAACCUGGACAGGUCCUUUUCCAGUUCCAAGCACCUGGUGGGGGCCAUGGUGAGGUCCCCUUCUUAGGAGCCAGAUCUGUGUGUGACCGAGUAAGACCAGCUCAUGUCCACGCAGUAAGGCCAGGGAUCUCGCCUUUCGCUCCCUGGGGUGCUGACUCCUUAGCUUGGGAGGAAGGCUGAGCUCUGAGGGCCUUGGUGCCCAGACUCAUCCUCUUGCUUCUGUCCAUGGGAAGGAAUUUCUUAAAACCUGUCAGGCAGGGCAGGCCACUAGUAAUGUUUGCACACCUGGGGAGAUGGUGAGAGGCAGUGAGAGCAGCAUGCCUGCCCGGCCCGUGUGUGUGUGUGUGUGUGUGUGUGUGUGUGUGUGUGAGACACAGGUCAGCAGGAGGACAACAGACAUUUCUAGAUAUUUCUCGGCAGGGAGGACACCAGGGUUGUGGGUGUGGCUGCUGCCUGACUUUCCCAGACAGCUCUGGUUUCCUGUGGAAAGGCCUCACCGAAAGGGAAUGAAGGUCACUGCUGUCCUGACCUCUGGCCUUUGUAGUGUCUCUGCUUGCUUUGCCAAAGAAAGGUAGCUAGUGGUGCGCACACUUGCAGAGCUUGUCUGGACUGCCUCAUUGUUCUGUCAGCAAAGCCCAGCAGCGCUCUCCCUCCCAACGCCCCUGACUUGUGAGUGCCAGAGAAACCGGAGACUGUCCGUGGGCUGGGUGGGCCAGGUCACUCUCAGCUCCUCUUGAGCAUCUCCUGUCCUCCGUGAGGGGAAGAAGGGCGGCUUCCAGGUGCUGACUCUAGCACGUGCGCCGUCCAAGUGAGCAGCACAAUUAAACAGACUGCGUCCCAUGUGUCUGUUGCUUUCUUCACUUGAGUUUAGGGGCCGAGAGGAGGCUUCCUGAGAUGGAGAUGAAGUUCCACCAUAAUAGGAUGAAGAUGGAGGUUGGAGACCUGUUUUCCUCUUCGGUUGUUGGAAUGGGGUUCACGUGCACCCUGCUGUGCACAUGGAGUCAUGUUUAGAUUAUCCUAACACAGGGAGUCCCGGAUGAUGGGGUGAAAGUUAUGUUGUGCUGUUCGGGGAAGGAGACAAAUGUGUAUGUGUUCAGUUUCUUUCACAAAUACUCCGGAUUGUGCUUGGUUAAAUCCCCAGAGGCAGAGCCCGCAGCGUUAGAGAGCCCACUCUGUCACCAUAAACAGCAUUUCUACCAAUUUUAGCCAAUCAGCACAUCCAUCCAUCCAUCCAUCCAUCCACCCACCCAUCAUUCAGGCCCCUCCCUGGAAGACCCUGGUGGCGGAUGGGCUGGGAGGUGGUCUUCAGAAUGCCAAUUCAUUCAAAAUUCUAGCGGAACAUUUGAAAAGCAAACAGAAACGUGAAGAAGUAGGCCAAUCUCAUGCCCUUCACAAGCCUGAUCCCAGGUCGUUCAGAAGGACCAGCUGGGCCGUGCUCUGAUGCUGGGGAGUCCUGCAGGGCAGGAGGGCAUGUGGAGUUGGAUGUCACUGGAGGGGCAUUUGUUCAUCCCCUCGAACAGUGUAUACCUUGUGCCUGCAGGAGUGAAAUGAGGGACACUCAGUUCUGUCCUAAAAGGGCCUGGAAUGUGUCUCAAUGCAUCCUAUUGUUUGUCAAGGAGUGAGUCCCACUCAGCAGGGACAGGAGAUGUCGCUCUUUGGCUCAUUGGAUGCCACAGAAGGACAUUUUCUCAGUCUGUUUUCUCUUCCUACAGCAGAACAUUUGAGGCUGGGUAAUUUAUAAGGAGCAGAGGUGAAUUCCCAGCAACUCUGGAGGCUGGAGAAUCCAGGAGCACAGCACUUAACCCCUGCUAAAGGUCUUUAUCCAGCAGAGAGCAGCACAUG